AUGGCAUUGAAAAAAACUUCCCCUGAUAGUCACCAAGGCUUGACGCCACCAGAUAGCCCAACGAAGGAGUCGACAAUGUCUCCUGCCACCUUGAAGGAUCUGAUGCUUCUCUUUGGUGAGUUUCUUGAGAACGCGCUGCUCGAUCUUGCCGACCAAGAACCUCCAAACACUCCCGUCUCCCAGGACCAAUCCCCACCAGGCCUCGACAUGGUUCGACUGAAGCAGUUGAUGGUCAAGCUCACCCACGAUGAAUGUGGGUCAGCUGAACCCUCCCUGGCAACUAAGCCUGUUCGAUCUUCUUCUGCCAGCAAUGAACAGCAAGAGAAUGUUCAGGCGAUAGACGAGAUUGAUAUCGAAAGCCAGAUCUGUACUACACCGGAUGAUUUCAAGUCGUUUGAGAAAUGGGCAUCAAAAUCCCAAUUCAAAACAGUUGUGGAAGUCUGGGACAAAGAAGCAUGUAAAUACAGAAUUGCCGAGCCAACGGAGACUAGCAAUGACCUGGACGACUACGCUGAGUACGCAUUCGUUGUCCGUGAACGUGUUGACAGGACGUCCAAGGAGGUAGUGUCAUUCAUAGACAUCAAGUCGGAAGGCCUACGCGACAUCCUGCGAGACGUGUUGCACGACAUCAAGGCCGUUAGCCUGAUGGAGGACAAGCCAUCGAUCGAGCAAAACGUCCUUUUCCAUUUCCUCCCAGAGCUCGACAGAUGUGCAGAGAACAUGGAUAGCAGUUCGGACCAUGAGUCGGCACAUGCGAAGCAUCUCCUCUUACUCAUCGAGCACCUCAAGCACAAAUAUACUUCUACUUUACAGCGUCUCGAGUCAAUGUUGCAACACGGCCAUAUUACAUAUGACCUUCUUUGGGCGCUUUUCAAGCCUGGUUGCCAUGUUUAUACCACAUGCAUUGGCACAAAAGAGCCGCGAUGUGUCACAUUCGACGCAGGUGAAGAGAUAACACAAAAUGACGAGACGUGGUUUAAUCUCGAAUGCCGAUUCCUUGAUUAUGACGGAGUCAAGUUCGGUGAGACCGGAAUCUUUCUGCGUGUGCCAAAGUUCCGGGGGUCAAAGCCGAUCGCGACUCUUGCGGCUUACCCUCUCCGCCACCAUCCGAGUCACGAGCAAAUCCAGAAACACUUGGUCGAGAGAGGCCAAAAGUUUCUGGGGUUGGCAGGCUCACACAUUCAGCACUGUAAAGGCAGUGCAUUCUUUAUGAACAAGGGGAAGAUUUUCAAAAUCAACAUCAACAGCCGAGUGGCAGUGGACGCCGCAUUUUUCCAUGAAAUGCAGCCAAACUACUCCCGACCGUCACUCCGCGACAUAGGGGUAAAAGACAAGAAUAGCAUUGCAGUCAUUGACAUUGGUGCAAUGCUCAUGGAGGACCGUAAGCGAGAGAAGGAGAAAAUGCGAGGAGACGGUGUGGAUGCACAAAAGCUGAGCGAGGCGGAUUUACUGGUCUCCUGCCCAACAGUUUGCUGUUUCAGCUUCAAGGAAAAAAUGUUCUUGGAGUGCGCAAUCUCUUCAGAGACCAAGACCAUCCUCUUGUCAUUGGCGAAAACCCGCCUGGGGAUGAUACCGACGGUACCAUUCGACGACGUAAUUGAUAGAAAGGGCCAAGGAUUCAACAUUCUUCUGAAUGGCCCACCGGGGGUCGGAAAGACUUUCACGGUUGAGGCAACCUCGGAGUAUUUCAAGCUCCCCCUCUAUUCGAUAUCUGCAGGCGAACUUGUUGUCAACCACGGAGAUUCCAAUGCGCUUGAGCAACAACUUGAAACAGUAUUCAAGAUCGCCAAACACUUUAAUGCCGUGCUUCUCUUGGAUGAGGCAGACGCGUUCAUGGAGCAGCGUACAUCUUACCACGAUACCCAUAAUCGCCUUGUGACCAUUUUCCUCCGAAAGCUGGAAUAUUAUCAAGGAAUUCUUUUCUUGACUUCCAAUCGGGGUAUCCAGUUUGAUGACGCAAUUCUCAGCCGGAUUCAUUUGAUCAUUGAGUAUGAGAAUUUAACGAGAGAGUUUCGCAGAGAUCUCUGGUCAACUUUUCUGUCCAAGGCAUGUACGAUGCAAGGACCUGCCAUUGUUGAGGAGCACGAACUUCGACGAUUGGAGUCUUUAGCUCUGAACGGACGAGAGAUCAAAAACGUCGCAGCAAUUGCACACGCUCUCGCUGAGGCUGACGUCAACCGGGUGAACUACAAAUACUUGAAGUUAGCCGCCGAAUCAAAUAAGAAAUUUUCAAAGGAGUUUGGCAGAGAGAGGCCUGCUGAUGGAAUGUAUGUCUAA